UCUCACCCUCUCUUUCUUUGUCUCUGGUUAUUAGAGAGAGAAACAUCUUCUCUGGUUAUUAGAGAGAGAAACAUGGCAAAGUGUGGAGCUAUUUUGGUAUUCUGCUUCGUUUCAUGCCUUUUGGGGGUGAGCCAUGCGGACUCCUCCUACUUCUUCGUGGAAGGCAAGGUUUAUUGUGACAAUUGCCGAGCUGGGUUUGAAACUAGGGUUACAGAAUACGUACCAGAGGCUAGAGUGAGGGUUGAAUGCAAGGAUCGGGAAGGUGGGCACCUCAUCUACAGCAUCGAAGGUGUAACAGACAGGACCGGAACCUACCAAAUCCCAGUCGAAGGCGACCACGAGAAUGAAAUCUGUGAAGUGAUGGCCAUUAACAGCACCGACCCCAACUGCAACGAGAUCUUCCAUGGAAGAAACCGAGCAAGAAUCCUCCUAACAACCAACAACGGAAUCAUCUCAGAUAAGCGUUUUGCAAAUCCUCUUGCCUUUUUGAAGAAAGAUCCACUUCCAGUUUGUGCAGAAGUCCUCAAGGAAUACAAAUUGGAUGAUGAUGACGAUGAUUUCUAGAUCGGUUUGGGCUUCCUCGACGAAAAAGAACUGGGAACCUUAGUUUCAAAUUUCAAUAAGAUUCCUAUUUGGGUUUUUUCUUCUUAUUUUCCCAUCAUUGAUUGUUUUGAUUCCCACUUAUUGAUUGUUUUUCAGAGGAUGAGAGAAAUUUGUGCUUCUAUGGCUGAUAGAGACAGGCUUAUGCUAUGCUUAACCAUGUAAUCGAUCAUGGUGCUAAUUGUAUUGAGUUCUUUGUGUUUUAUGAAGCAGUAUUAAAAUAUGA